AUGAUACCAAAUACAUACUUUGCCAAAGCCAAACUUUAUCAGCUCCGAACGCCCACCACCGACCGAUCCACCGGCCGCCGCCACACCACCUCCGGUGUCCUGCUUAAAAUGGGCAACUGCCUGAAACCGUUUCUGAAAUCAGAACAAGUACCCCAUGAAGAAGACGAAGAAGAAGCAAAAUUACCUCUUGUGAUUUCGAGAGUGCAUGACCAGGUUGUACUCAGAAGUGAUGAGUGCUGUAAGGAAAGGAAGAAAGUGAGGUUCAAAGUACAAGCAGACAAUGCAGCAGCAGUCACCAUGGAAACAACCAUGACGUCUCCUCGAAUGAGAAGAUGUGUGAGGGUGAAGGUGGUGCUGACACAGUCUGAGUUGAAGCAAAUCUUGAACAGAGCCACCGUCUACCACCACUCACCACCAUCGUUUUCUUCCGUCGACGACCUGAUAUCAGAUCGAAGAAUGGUGAAGUAUAGAAGAAGUAGAUGCAGCUGGAAUCCUGCUUUACAAUCGAUACCUGAAUUCAGCCAUUAUUAA